AUGGAGAAGGGAGAAGGAGCUCUGCAUGUAGCGAUGUUUCCAUGGCUGGCUAUGGGUCACCUUCUUCCUUUUCUUCGUCUAUCAAAGUUACUUGCGCAAAAGGGUCACAAGAUUUCCUUCAUAUCAACACCAAGAAACAUCGAGAGACUUCCAAAAUUACCAUCAAACCUCUCUUCCUCCAUCACCUUCGUCUCUUUCCCUCUCCCUCCCUUCUCCGGCUCAACUCCUGGAUCAGAAUGCUCAAUGGACGUGCCUUACAACAAGCAACAGUCUCUCAAAUCCUCCUUCGAUCUUCUUCGGUUACCGUUGACGGAGUUUCUCCAGCGGUCUUCUCCGGAUUGGGUCAUAUACGACUACGCUUCUCACUGGCUUCCUCCGAUUGCGGCGGAGCUCGGAAUCUCCAAGGCUUUCUUCAGCAUCUUUAACGCCGCAUCUCUCUGUUUCUUGGGACCGCCUUCGUUGCUGAUAGAAGGUUUCAGAUCUAAGCCUGAAGACUUCACGGUUGUGCCGCCGUGGAUCCCGUUCCAAUCAAACAUGGCGUAUCGUUAUCACGAGAUCACUUUGGUCGGUAAGAAGAAGGAGCAAGAUACGACCGGAGUCGCUGAUUCGGCCCGGUUCGGCUACUCGAUCUUAGAGUGCGAUGCGGUUUUCAUCCAUAGCUCCUCUGAAUUUGAACCGGAGUGGCUUGGUUUACUAAGAGAUUUGUGUCGAAAACCGGUGUUUCCGACUGGGUUUUUGCAGACCGGUACUGAAGAUGAAGUUGAAGGAGAUACAACAUGGGUUGGUAUAAAGAAGUGGCUUGACGAACAACGAGUCAACUCAGUGAUCUACGUGGCACUAGGUACAGAGGCUAGCCUUAGUCCAGUGGAACUCGCCGAGUUGGCUCAUGGGCUGGAGAAAUCAGCAGUGCCUUUCUUUUGGGUUCUAAGGAACGAGUCUAAGAUUCCGGAGGGGUUCGAGGAACGAGUUGAGGGACGUGGCAUGGUUCAUGUUGGGUGGGUUCCUCAGGUGAAAAUACUGAGUCACGACUCGGUGGGCGGUUUCUUGACGCACUGUGGUUGGAACUCACUUGUGGAAGGGCUAGGGUUCGGGCGAGUUCCUAUCUUCUUUCCGGUGGUGAAUGAGCAAGGGCUCAACACGAGGCUGCUGGAGGGAAAGGGACUUGGUGUUGAGAUCCCUAGAGAUGAGAAAGAAGGAUCGUUUGACUCUGACUCGGUGGCUUACUCGGUUCGAUUGGCCAUGGUUGAUGAUGCAGGCGAGUCGGUUAGGGCUAAAGCAAAGGUCAUGAAGGGUUUGUUCGGGAACAUUGAUGAUAAUUCCCGCUACGUUGACGAGCUUGUCGGUUAUAUGACAAGGAAAAAGUGA